CGGUCUCUGAGAUUGUGCCCAGACGGAAGACGCGUGUGUCUCUCCGGGCAUCAGCGUCUCAUCGACGUGUCCAGAAAGGUCGCAUGUAUGUCGUCGUCCUUGCUACCCGCCGCUGCCAUCCUCGGCCGGGCGUGCCCACGGCGCACAGCUCCGCGUGUCCUGGUACCGCCGCCACUGUCCAUCAGCGCUACCCGACCCAGCAGUGGUGGUGCUACUAGUAGUAGCAGUAAUAUCCCUACCCCCUCGGUGGUGCUCGCCUCCUACUGCGCCCGACCCUCGCUUCUCCCCCAGCGGCAGCGGGUUUUCCCUUUUCUGCAACGUUCCCCAAAGUCCUGUCGCGGCCGACGAGCAUUGCAUACUAUUCCCAUCACCCAGCCUCGCCUCUCUAUAGCUGUUGCUGCUGCUGCUGCCGCCGCCGCUCACACCCCGUCGACUGUUUGGGAUCCGCCUUCACGGGUCCGUAGACGGAACUUCGUCGCAGCUGCUGCCACCCCUUUUCGUCAGGGUUUCAAGAUGGGUUCCGUUCCGGACGCAAACGCGCCCACCGUCAAGGUGUUCAUCGCCGGCGGGUCCUACUGUGGCUUGUCUGCGGCCGCCAACUUGCUCGACCUCGGCCAGGGCCUCUCCCCGCGCAUGGCCCAAGAGGCCUAUGUCCACCACGCCGACCUGCCGCGCGUCAACUGGGACAUAACCAUUGCCGAUGAGAGGGACGGCUUCUUCCACCUGAUCGGGUCGCCUCUGGCUCUCGCAGACUCAGACUACGCAAACAAGGCCUGGGUCAAGUUCCAGGACCUGGUCGGCCUGCAGGAUCCCCAGAUUAAGUUUGUCAACGGGGCCGUGACCAGCGUCGACUGCGAGGCCAAGAAGGCUACCACAGUUGACAACGUCACCAAGGAGGCCACCACGCACGAGUACGACUACUUCGUGGCUGCGACCGGCCUGAGGCGGGUGUGGCCCGUCGUCCCCCAGUCCCUCACCCGCAAGCAAUACCUCCUCGAGGUCGAAGAGCACAUACACGCCGUCACCAACGCCCAGCAUGGCGUGGUGGUCGUCGGCGGCGGUGCCGUGGGCAUCGAAAUGGCCGCGGAGCUCAAGCUGGUGCAGCCUGACUUGAAGGUCACCCUCGUGCAUUCGCGGGACAAGCUCCUGUCCUCGGAGGGCCUGUCGGACGAAUGCAAGGACAAGGCCCUCGAGCUCGUCCGCGAGGCCAACGUGGACGUGCUGAUGGGUCACCGCCUCAAGAGCACUAACAAGGUCGAGACCCUUGACGGGUCGACCAAGUACGAGGUGGAGUUUACAAACGGGCACAAGAUGUAUGCCAGCCAGGUCAUCAUGGCCGUCUCCAAGAGCGUCACGACUUCGUCGUACCUGCCGCCCUCGGCUGUCGACGAAGAGGGCUACGUGAAGAUUGAAACCAGUCUGCGCUUUGAGCCGGGCACGCCCAACCACGAGUACCACUUCUGUUCCGGCGACCUGGCCAGGUUCACGGGCAUCAAGCGCUGCGGCGCAGCCAUGCACGGCGGGCACUACGUCGCCCAGAACAUCCACAAGAGCAUCCUGAAGGAGAGGUGCGGCCAGGAGCCCGCCUUCAUGGAGUUCCGUCUGGAGAUUCCGCCCAUGAUCGGCCUCGCGGUCGGCAAGAAGGCGGUCGCGUCCGGGCCGGAGGGGACCGUCUUUGGCGAAGACGUGAUGCAGUCGUACUUUAGAGACGACCUGGGUUUCACGAUCUGCUGGGACUGGAUUGGCCUGGGGGGCCGCAAGCAGGAGAACCUGACGGCUUGAUGAUGAUUCUAAGAGAGCGCGAGCCUAGAGGUAUGAGGCAUAUUGGAAACGGUAGAAAAUUUGGCGUUAUUGGAUCAUGGGAGUUGAUUUUUACAGCUAUGACACCGCAAUAGCGUGUCAAGAAC